CCCUGACGCGGCCGCCCCUUCAGUACAUCUCGUCCAUCGUCCGAGAAAAGCUAUCGCGCAUUCAGUGUAGUGCCGUAGCUAUCCCGACGAUUCGUAUACCAAAGUUGAUUAUCACUGUCUCUCUUAUCUCCGUUUCACGUUCGCUGACCUGACCUUAUCAUCAGCCACUACAUCUGGAGCACCGUAAGUCAGACGCUGAUUAGAGAGACGCCCUGACGUCCGCCAAAGCAGGACCAGCCCUUCAGGAGUAAAAAGACCUCGAAAGACCCCUGAUCUGUCAACGCUCGAGAAUCACUUCAUAGGAACCACCAUGGCACGCUUUCUUCUGGCUACUGUGCUCAUUCUUGAGUACGGGUUGUGGGUGGUUGGACAUCCCUGUAAUGGCACCAACUUGCAAGGCUGUGCUGCUACCUUGGAAGCCAACUUUCAUUGUGACGGCACCAAUGGAGAUUCAACGGGUUUUCCCAAAGAGGUGUGCUACAUCGAAAAGUGCACUAAAGCUAUCAAGAGUCAUAUCAAAAAUGAGUUUGAGGCUGCCUUCUCAUACAUGCAUAUGGGAGCCUACUUUGCCCAGGACACCGUAGCCAGACCUGGUAUGGCCAAGUUUAUGCUAGAAUCCGCAUCGGAGGAGAGGAGCCAUGCCAUCCUUAUGCUUGACUAUCUCAACAAGCGAGGUGUCCCUAUUUCACAAGAUCUCAAUUUUGCAUUUAAUGAGAGCAGUAUCGCAGGUGAAUAUAAAAAAGAAUCCAUUACCCUGCUUUUGGCGCUCGAAGCGGCUCUCACGAUGGAGAUGACUGUUACAAACCAGAUUCACCACGUCGUCAAGGAAUGCGAGCACGACUACCAUGGAGCCGACGUGUUCACCAACCCCAUCCUAGACGAGCAGCACGAAGGCAUCCGUAAGCUUCAAGGCGCCAUCCAGGAAUACAAAAACCUGCUGCAUGGCCACGACCAACCCGAGGGCAGGGCCAUGGUGGACUUCAUCUUUGACCAAAAGCUUUUGAAGGAAUCCCUUUAAAGCACCGUUUCUUUUGAGGGGAGGCUAGCAAAGUGACAAGCAUCAACGAUUUUUAGAGUGCCAUUUUAUUUGUAAUCUGUGCUUAUGUUCACAUCCCGUAAAUCAAGCAAAAUGGAGCCAGGGUUAUUAGUAAGGAGGCUAACUGGACAAGAUAUUCAUAUUUCUCCUUCUGUAUAACUUCUUGUAUGCUGAUCUUCCGACUUUUUCCAGUGUUCAUUUUUUCAAGAAUUUGUGGUUAGGUAUUAAUAUGUAAAGAGGACAGGAUAUAUAUAUAUAUAUAUAUAUAUAUAUAUAUAUAUAUAUAUAUAUAUAUAUAUAUAUAUAUAUAUAUGUAUAUGUAUAUAUAUAUAUGUAUCUAUGUACAUAUAUGUGUGUAUAUAUGUAUAAUAUAUAUAUUGCAUAUAUAUGUAUAUUGUAUUUAUUUAUACAAACAUAUAUAUAUAUAUAUAUAUAUAUAUAUAUAUAUAUAUAUAUAUAUAUAUAUACAUAUACAUACAUAUAUACAUAUAGAUAUAUAUAUGAUUGAUAUAUAUUUUUUAAAGCAGCAUUACCAUAUGAGAUUACUGAAUGCAAUGUGUCGGCUAAGGUUCACAGAUAUGUAAUGAAUACUCAGUAGACAUUCAUUAAAGACACCCAAGUGAA